AUGGCGCUGCCCGAAAAUCCCGAGUCGUCUCGGGGAUUCUCCCAGGACCUUGAGCGUGGCCCAGAUGUGCUCGGGCGCCGCAGCGAAUCUCACGGAGGUAUACCAGACGACCUGGGCUCGAUAUUAGACUCUGAAGACAGCUCCAUCCUUGGUGAUGCCGACCAGCCAGACCUGGGCGACGAAUGGGGUCCGCAACAUCCUUGCUAUCCGCAUAUGAAUGUGCACGUCCCCUUGGAUUCGCCCGAGUACAUAAGUACGCGCAUCAUUAGAAUCAAGAGGGAUUGGCUGUUGCAGGGCGAUCUUGCACCAACGUUUUCGAAUCUGUACCCAGAAAUUCUCGACCCGGCAGGGAUAUCGGAGACGGAGUUCAGACGUAUCAUUGAUAAGCUCAAUAGCGAGCUUGUGCCAAUCUUCAACCCCUACAACUGGCGGAACAUUCUUGACGGGGUUCUCGGCCUCGUAACCGGCUGGGUCUGGGAUGACCUUGGCCUCACAAAUACAAAGAGCAGACUCCGAAGCCUGGAGAGCUGGAUAGAAAAGUGGAAUGCCGAGAUGGAGAAGACAAUAGGCGCCGAGGACGUGUCUCUGGCGCCCAAGAUUGUGCCUCUACGACGCACGGGAUACAUGAAUCUUGACAUCCAAAUACCGGAUCCCGAAAUCGCGCCCGCCGCUAGCGAGCGCACUAAUACCCGUGAAGGGCCUGAUCAUGUGGCGGAGCCAGAGCCUGCCGUACUGGCAGGCUCGAGAGACGAUGCCGCAUAA